AUGACAGUACCAGACACACUAUUGCCCACCGAACCGUUCGAGGUCCUCCGCCGAAAACCCCAGCAGUUCUACCUCUUUGGUGAGCACAUCUCGCGGUCCAAAGCACCGUUUCUCCUCAACACCGUGUUCAAGCUCCUCAACCUUGACUGGAAGUACCUGCUCAAAGAAACCUCGAGCAAGCACACAUUUAACAACACCUUUGCACAAGAAGCGUGCAUCGGCUCGGCCAUCACAAUGCCCAACAAAGUGACGUUUGUGCGUGAGAUGGACAUGGUGGACGCGGUGGGCACCAGCGUGGGCGCCAUUAAUACUGUCUACAGUCGUAAAAACCUGGACGGGACCGUGGUGCGAAUUGGCACCAACACCGACACGGUGGGGAUCCACCAAUCGUUCUUACAGACGCCGGCGGCGCUCACGUACGUGGAGCAGAACCACGGUCGUCCCGGCUUGGUGUACGGUGGCGGCGGUGCAUCGCGCCUGGCGGUGUAUGUGUUACACCGGAACUUUCAGUGUCACUGCGUUUACGUGGUGAACCGCGACCAGGCGGAAGUGGAAGCUCUUCAGCACCAUUUCAACACCACUGUCCCUGAAUUACAGGUUGUACACGUCAAGACCCCGGAGGAGGCUAUGCGAGUUGAACCGCCAGUUUUGUGUGUGUUGAGUGUACCGAAUAUAACACCUAUCACCAUAGACGAGAAAUUGGCAAAAGCCACUCUCACAUCAUUUAUGCACUGCUCCAGGGGUGCAGUGGUGGAGAUGUGCUACCACCCGGUGAUUGAGACCGACCUUUACUUGGAAUUCCAGGAAGCUGGAUGGGAGGUUGUAGGUGGUCAUGUGGCAAUGAUGUACCAAGGGUUUGCCCAGGUACAGCUCUGGGGGGGUUAUCAGUUAUCGGAGUUACCAGUGAAAGAGGCGAGGGAUAUACUUGAGCGACACAUCAAUAGUACCUAA